GACAAAUCCAACUACGAAGAGCUCAAGUACUAUAAGCUGUUCCAAAACGUGGACCUGUCGUCCAAUUUCUACUUCAGCUACUCGUAUGACUUGAGCCAUACAUUGCAGUACAAUAUGAGUGAUACACGACUUCAUAGUCAUUCUUCCGGAGCGGAAGGUUUAGCAGAUGAUUGGCGCCAAACGAAGACGAUAUGGGAGAAGAAUACGUCCGGUGGUGACGAGUCUUCGCCGAAGAACUAUGAGUUGCAUUCAGGAGGUGUGAGAACUAAACCAAACUUCAAGUUCGUAUGGAAUGAGUAUUUGCUUCAAUCACUGGACUUACAUCCCGAUUGGCUUCUGUAUGUCUGCCACGGGUUUGUCGCUCAGAACAACAUCAGUGUCUUCGGACGACCCAUUCAUCUGACUUUGAUCGCCAAGAGGUCCAAGAAGUUCGCCGGCACUCGCUUUCUAAAGCGUGGCGCCAAUUGCGAGGGCGAUGUGGCCAAUGAGGUGAUAACCGAGCAGAUAGUACACGACGCCUCCGUGUCCUCCUUCUCCGACGGCUUCUACACCUCUUUCGUGCAAAUGCGUGGUUCGGUUCCGUCGUAUUGGUCGCAAGAUAUCUCGAAAAUGGUUCCCAAACCGACCAUUCAGUUGGAUAUAAUGGACCCGUUUUACGCCGUCGCUGGACAUCACUUCAAUCAACUGCUCUAUAGUUACGGUUCGCCGAUAAUUGUGUUAAAUCUGGUGAAGCGGAGGGAACAGAAACCCCAUGAGAGUGUCUUAAGCAAUGAGUUCAUGAAUACUGUCAACUAUUUGAACCAAUUCUUGCCACCGAAGCAUCGGAUUGAUUACAUAGGCUUUGAUAUGGCGAGGGUUAACAAACUGAAGGACGCAAACGUCAUGACCCGGUUGGCCGACAUAGCCUACCAUACCCUCAAACAGACGGGCAUUUUUCAGAGCAAAGGCACGUGUCUUAACCAACAGUCAAACUCAAAUUCAAACAACUGGUCGUUCCUUCAAAAAGAUAAGCGAAGUGUUGGCGGACAUCGGUUGAGUUGUGGUCGUAUUCUACAGACAGGUAUCGUUCGAGUGAAUUGUGUGGACUGUUUGGACCGAACCAAUACGGCUCAGUUCGCUUUGGGCAAAGUGGCCCUCGCUUUCCAACUCUAUUCGCUGGGAAUACUACCGAAACCGGAACUGGAGUUUGAAUCGGACACUGUCCGCAUGCUUGAGGAGCUCUAUGAAGACCACGGUGACACUCUGGCCCUACAAUACGGCGGCUCUCAGUUAGUGCACCGAAUCAAGACGUACAGGAAGAUAGCGCCCCUUUCCUCCCAUUCCCGCGAUAUCAUGCAAACUCUAUCCCGUUAUUAUAGUAAUGCCUUCUCGGACGCUGAGAAGCAAAAUGUUAUGAAUUUAUUUUUGGGUGUUUUUAAGCCCACAAAAGGGGCCUCCAUUUGGGACUUGUAUACUGACUUUUAUUUGCAUAACUCUUUGGCCGCCGGAAGACUACUGGCCGGCAGUCGAACUAAACAGNCAUCACUUGUUGAAUGCGGCGCCGGUAUCACCCGUACCACCGAUUACAACGGCUACCACUCCCAGAAAGGCUCCCUCAACCGGUACACCGAAGCCUCCGAUAAAUAA